CCCCCGACCCCUCUCGCUCUCUCUCUCUAAAAACGGAGGAAUCUGAAAACUGAAAUGUCGUCAAAUGAGAGAGCAACGCGAGCAUUGAGGGAGAUCCUUCAAAACCCUGAAAAUGACGCUUGCGCAGACUGCGGCGCCCCAGAUCCCGGGUGGGGCUCCUGCUCCCUGGGGGUGUUCAUCUGCUUGGCCUGCUCUGGGAUCCACCGCAACAUCCCCACCAUCAGCAAGGUCAAAUCCCUGAGUCUUUCCCACUGGGAGGACCACGAGGUGCAGUUCAUGGCGGAGAAUGGUAACGAGAUGAUGAGGAGGAAAUAUGAGGCCGCCGUUCCGGUUUACUACUACAAACCAACCCACAAAGAUGGCCAGACGUUGAGGGAGCAGUGGAUUCGAGCAAAGUACGAGAGGAAGGAGUUCUCUGAGCCUGGGAAGAGCUUUAUAUAUGAGGAAGGAACUAAAGAUGGCAUGUUGAUGAAGAAGGGGCGGGACAACGGGCAGUUCCUCAGCAGGCGAUUCGUCCUCUCUGAGAGAGAGGGGACUCUGAAGUAUUUCACCAAAUUUGACGCUAAGGAGCCCAAAGCAGUGAUCAAGGUGGACACCAUCAACGCAACCUUCCAGCCUGAAAAGAUAGGAAACCCCAACGGCCUGCAGAUCACCUACCUCAAAGACUACAGCACCCGUAACAUCUUCAUCUACCACGACAACGGAAAGGAGAUCGUAGACUGGUUUAAUUCGAUCCGUGCAGUUCAGCUUCACUAUUUAAAGGUGGCCUUUCCCGGGGCUUCAGAUGCUGAGCUGGUACCCAAACUUACCCGCAACUUUCUGAAGGAAGGGUACAUGGAAAAGACAGGUCCCAGGCACACGGAAGGCUUCAAGAAACGCUGGUUCACUCUCGACCAGAGGCGACUCAUGUACUUCAAAGACCCGCUGGACGCCUUUGCCAAAGGUGAAGUGUUUUUGGGGAACAGGGACUACGGUUACAGCGCCUCCCCUGGCUUGCCCGCUGGCACCCACUGCAACGGCGCCUGGCAACACGGUAUCACCAUAGAAACUCCCGAUCGUGGCUUCCUCUUUACUUGCGAGUCAGAGAGUGAGCAGAAGGAUUGGCUGAAACACUUCAACGCGGUCAUAAGUGCUGUGAUGUCCCCUCAGGAGUACACAAUGGAAGCCUUGUUCAGGCACAGGCAUUGAUGGACCAGAGGCCAGCGGGACCAUCUCCUCUCAUCCCAUCACCAAUCUGUCACAGGACGACCCACCAUCAGUCCUGCCACUGAGCACCAGCAUUUGGCCUUCAUCACUAAUAUGGUCAGACUGGAGCUUUUUCCAAGUUCCAAUGGUGCUCUUUGUUAAUGGGGUUAGAAAUGCAAACCAAGAGAUCCUAGGCAUAUUCAUUAGUAAAUGAAAAACAAUCAGUAAGAUUUUGUAUUUGAUUAGUUUUAUUUUUUUUGCACUUUGUUAACCAAACAGUCUGGGCAGUGCUAUAACAUCAUUCUUUGGGGAUUUUAUGUAACACGUUUGAAAUUCUAGAUGCCAAUCUUUCCUUGGCUUGUGCAGACAUGUCCUCUGUUUCCCAAUGCUAACUAAAUAUGGGCAUGUAAAACGCAUUACUUUCUGUGUGCCACUGGAUUGUUUUUUUUGUAUCAUGGUACAGUAAAUAAUAUUGGAAUUUCUAGAUUUAUUAGAAAUACAAUGCGAAAUUUAAGAAAAACAUAUUGUUAAGGCAAGAAAUGCCUGGGUCUUCUUGUAUUCCAUAUGUUAUACCAAGUGUGAUGUAAUGAUUGACUAAUAAGGUACAGGGAGUCCAAUGGGUCAGACAGGUACAGACCAUCAACUGGACAUAAAACACUUAUAUCUUUGAGGGAUUCAGAAUUCUUUUUGAGUUAUCUCUCUCUGUUUUGUUUUAGUUUUUGCAAUGUUCAUGCAAUUGGUGGUUUUAUGUAAACUUUGUAACUACUCUUAUGACUUUAUAUUCAGCAAGUAAUGCAGUCCAGUUUAUGAGCUACAUCUGCAUUGGCAACUGGACUGUUUCAGUCCAAAAGGUCAAAGAGAGAUUUUUUUUUUUUUUCAAGCAAAGCAAUAUCUCCAGACACACUACGUGGACAGUUUGCAUCAUGAAUUAAACAUGACUUUUAUGAUUUUGUAUUUCCUAGACUUCUAAGACUAGGCAAAUGUUGAUUUUCUAAGAGUUUUUGAGACAUGUCAGUACUUGUACUGUACCUUGUAAAGGAUGUACUUGAAAGACAAAAACUGAGAUUUGCUAAUGCAUUGGGAUAGAAAAGCAGGAGGCACUGUAAGCCAUUACAUGGUCUAACAGCACCUCUCUGUGGCAUACAGUACAUAUACAGUACUAAGUCUUUGUUAAAACAAAUAAUAAUUCCAAUUGCAUGUCAUUUCCCCCCCAAAGAAGUUAGUAAAAAAUGUACAUAUUAUAGUGUUGUUUUAUAUUCAUUUUCUAUUUUUGGUUAAAGAGGUACUUUGAUUACGUAUUGAUUUGGUGUCUGUUUGGUAUGUAUAUAUACUUUAAGAAGCAUUUAUCUGCUUGAGCAUCGCUGACUGACAUACCACAUGAAAAUAUUGAUGAUCACUAAUAAAAAUAUUUCCUCUG